GUCUUCGGGGAGGAGCUGCAUUACACACAGGCUUCGGAGGCUUCCGUGGAGAAGCUUGGAGGUAAUGGCUGUCGUAAAUGCUAGUUAUUUUCAGAGAGUUCUCGAAGAUUUGGAAUAAAGCCGAGCCCCAGAAGGACAGUUCAACCACAGAAGUGCCGAGCCAGGUAAAGACCCUGCUGGACACGCAGUUGGAGUGAGACUCAAGACAGCUGGACCACAGGACCAGACCCACCAGGAUCCACGUGACAGGAAAGGCCCCCUGCUAUUCCCAUCACUGGGAGGGGGCGGAGCCUCGUCGGAGCCGCUCCGAAGGGAGCUGUACCCGGCCGGUAUUGGGGGAGGGGCAGCAUUUCAAGAGGCUGCAGCUGACAAGAAGCUUCAAGCAUAGGUUAAUAUCAGAGAUGCACAUGACCUGGGCAAUCUGCAUGUGAUACCAGCCAAGCCCCAGGAAGACAGUACAGCCACAGAAGUGCUGAGUCUGGUGAAGGCCCUUCUGGACAAGCAGUUGGAGUGAGAAUCAAGACAACUGGACCACAGGACCAGACCCACCAGGAUCCACGUGACAGUGGUAUCUUCUGGUAUUGUCCCAUUCAAACAACGUUUUCAAGCUUCCUUGGAAAAUUGAGGUGGAGAACAGGCCACACAAACUGUAAACCCUUUGUAGUCAUAAGACGAAAGAGGCUUUGUUAAGAGUAUUGUUUUGGGUAGAACUUGCAUUAGCAGUUACAAAGACAGCCACCUCAACUUUGGUAAUAACCCUUGGCACACAAAUAUAAAACAUAAUGGAGUCUGAGUAUGUCCUAUGCCACUGGAAAGACCAGUUAUGGCCAGCAAAAGUUUUGUCCAGAUCUGAAACUUCAUCAAACAGUAAGAGGAAAAUGGGAUUUUCUCUAGAAGUUCAAAUACUCUCACUAGAUGAAAAAAUUAAAAUGGACAGCACAGAAACAGAAAUCCUAAAUAAAUCUCAAAUUGAAGCCAUUGCUGCCUCAUUAGGACUACAGUCAGAGGACAGUGCUCUGCCUACAGAGGAAACUGCCUAUGGAAGAUCACUAAAAGUGGCACUGGAUAUUCUGAAUGAGAGAACAAAUUUGAGUCAAGCAAGCACUUCAGAUGAAGAGGAGAUCACUAUGCUGUCUCAAAAUGUACCACAAAAACAGUCUGAUUCGCCCCCUCAUAAAAAAUACCGGAAGGAUGAAGCCGACUUACCAGAGUGUCUUCAGGAAAGUGAAAACUCAGCAUGCUUAUUAGCAUCUUCAGAGAGUGAUGAUUCCCUGUAUGAUGAUAAAUCACAAGUGCACACAAUGGCCAAUACUAUUCCAAGUGAAGUGGAAACAAAGUCAUUACAAAACUCUAGCUGGUGCGAGACUUUCCAUCCACUUUCAGAAGAUAAUGAUGAAAAAGAGAACAAGAAUAAGAUUGAUAUCUCAGCAGUUAUGUCUGUGCAUUCUGCAGUAAAAGAGGAAAGUGCAUAUGUUAAAGAUGAAAAGUUUGCUCCACCCUUGUCAUCAGAUAUCCUCACUAUGCCCAAAACUUUGAAAGAAGAGAGCCAGGAUACAUGCCCAGAGACCCUGGCUGUUCCUUCUGAAUGCUCUGCUUUCUCAGAGAAUAUUGAAGAUCCUGGAGAGGGUCCCUCAAAUCCAUGCUUAGAUACCAGUCAGAAUCAACCUUCUGUGGAAUCAGAGAUGGAGGCUGCAGCAUGCCCUGGGAGUUGUUCAAGGGAAUGCCAGGUUUCAUUUAGUGCCUCUAACCCUGUCUGGGAUUAUUCACGUCUUAUGAAUAGUGAAAGAAAUUUUCAGAGACUGGAUUUUGAAGAACUUGAGGAAGACGGUCAAGCCUCUGACAAGUCAUUGCUUCCAAGUCGCAUUAAUCUUUCUCUAUUAGAUGAUGAUGAGGAAGACGAAGAACUUCCACGCUUCAUUUUACAUUAUGAGACACGUCCAUUUGAAACAGGAAUGAUAGUCUGGUUUAAAUAUCAGAAAUACCCAUUUUGGCCAGCAGUGAUAAAAAGUAUCAGACGAAAAGAGAGGAAAGCAAGUGUGCUUUUUAUUGAGGCAAACAUGAAUUCUGAAAAGAAGGGCAUUAGAGUAAAUUUUAGAAGAUUAAAGAAAUUUGAUUGUAAAGAGAAACAAAUGCUAGUGGACAAAGCCAGGGAGGAUUAUAGUGAGAGUAUUGACUGGUGCAUCUCACUAAUUUGUGACUACAGAGUUAGAAUAGGUUGUGGUUCUUUCACAGGCUCUUUGCUUGAAUAUUAUGCUGCUGAUAUUAGUUACCCAGUUAGGAAAGAAAUAAAACAGGAUACUUUCAGGAACAAAUUUCCAAAGCUGCAUAAUGAAGAUGCCAGGGAACCAAUGGCUGUGACUUCCCAGACCAAGAAAAUGUCCUUCCAAAAAAUUCUCCCUGACCGGAUGAAGGCUGCUCGGGACCGAGCCAACAAGAACCUGGUGGACUUCAUUGUGAAUGCGAAGGGAGCAGAGAACCAUCUUCUGGCCAUUGUAAAUGGCACUAAAGGAUCCAGAUGGCUGAAAUCAUUUUUGAAUGCAAAUAGGUUCACACCCUGUAUUGAAACAUACUUUGAGGAUGAAGAUCAGUUGGAUGAAGUGGUGAAAUAUUUACAAGAAGUCUACAAUCAAAUAGAUAAAAUAAUGCCAACUUGGAUAAAAGAUGACAAAAUUAAAUUUAUCCUAGAAGUUCUUCUGCCAGAAGCAAUUAUUUGUUCAAUUUCUGCUGUUGAUGGGUUAGAUUACGAGGCAGCUGAAGCAAAGUAUCUAAAAGGACCAUGUCUAGGCUACAGGGAAAGAGAAUUAUUUGAUGCAAAAAUAAUAUAUGAAAAGAGACGAAAACCACCAACAAAUGAAGCUCACUAAAUGUGCUGAAAGUUGAAACCAUGGCAGGGAGCUCUCAUAGAUACUAGUUGAAAAAAAUCUCGGAACAAUUCUCUCUUAAUACAUAUUUUCUGCAAAUGGGAGAAUGGAUAAUGUGUUCACUUCUUUUUUGAGAUAUCUAGGAUCUGUGGUUAUAAUUACAUCUUUAUUUCCUUUUCUUGUGCUUCUUCAAAGUUAAUUUUGUCAACAUAUUUCAGCAGUUCUACUUUCCCAUACAUUUUUAGAAAGCAUAAUUCCUAAAUGAUUUAGAAGGGAAAGUACCAUUUUGUUUUAUGACACUUUAGAAUCUAUGCUGUAUUGUUAAAUAUAUUGUGCACAAUUAUUUUAAUAUUAAAAUUGCACUGGUGUUAGAUAUUAACCAAGAUGAUUGGAAAAAAGUCUAAAAGAUACAUCAUUUCUAUAUUCCUUGCUUAAUUUUUAUAAAAUAUUGGGUUUUCCCUCACACAGUUGAAUUAUUUUUCUUGCCAUGCCUAUUUAUUUUUGCAAAAAAAUUAUCUGAUGUAUAGAACCAAAGAUAGAUUUGCUUUGCUAUAUAUUAUAACUACACUUGCUUUUGCAAUAAAACAACUUGUAAUUCAAAAAUGAAGAUUAUCUGCAUGUAGUAUUUAUGUGUGUGAAUAACAUCUUGGCAUGCAGAAAAUAAUUUUGGCUGCUUUUAACAGAAUUGUUCAUUCUACACUUCCCUGAAAUUCUAUUUUUGGGAGUGUCUGUCCUUCAAUGGCUGAAUAGUUCCUUAAAUCAGUCAAGCUCCUGGCUAUCUUCAUAACUAACAGUGAGUGGGUCUUCUUAAUAUAGGUGUCUGACCACAUGUGGAAGGCAGCUAGACUUAUUGUAUUUACAGCCUGGCCACUCUAGACAUAUGAAUCCAGGCUGACUGCUUAAGUGCCCAUCUUGUUUGAUAUAAACUGUAGAAAAGGCAAGCACUUUGUUCUGAGUCUUUUAUCUCCAAAUACAUAGUUGUCUCAAACCAAGCAAGCUUUAUCAAAAUGGCUUAUUUGUAGAAUAGUUUCAAUGAUAUAAAUGCCAACUGGCAAGUCAUUCCAAACUGCUUGAAGGAGUAGAUGGACCAGAAUCUGAGAAUUUGGAAAUAGGUCACAGAAAAAGCCUCCAUUUGGCUAAAUAUGACAAUUGUCUGAGUAUGGUUAAAUAUACACAAUUAAAAGUCUGAAGCCAACGAGUUGUUUAUUCUAACUUGAAAUAUAUUUUUGUGAGAAAAAAUGUUAGAAAAGUUAGUUUAUUUAAAAAACUUGCUGUGAAAGGAAAUUCUAAGGGCUUAACAUGAAGCUGUCUGCAUUUUUACCUGUUAGACAAUGGUCGCCCUUGGGCUCUUGUUAUACAUUCACAUGGCUACGCGUUUAUGUAAAGUUUGCAAAAAUUUGGUGUUUUGAUUUACAAUAAAACUAUUAUAUUAUUCA